AUGGUGGUCAGGCUACUAUCAAACAACUGGUAUUCAGUUCUCUUGAAUGGGCAAGUACAUGGAUUUUUCAAGUCAUCAAAGGGAGUAAAAAAAGGUGAUCCUCUAUCCCUUACUCUCUUCAUUUUAGCUGCUGAGGCCUUAUCAAGGGGACUAAAUGCAUUGUACAAAAAGCCAAGGUUUUUGGAGUAUGGUAUGACCAAAUGGAGUCCAAGGAUUAAUCAUUUAUCAUAUGUUGAUGACACAAUUCUCUUUGUCUCUGCUGACCAAUACUCGGUGAAACUGAUGAUGAGAGUGUUAAAUAGAUAUGUGAAAGUAUCUGGCCAGUUGGUGAAUUUGAAUAAGAGUGCAUUCUAUGUUCAUGAAAAGGUGCAGAGUGGCUUGGUUUCAAGGCUGAAACAAACCAUAGGAAUUAGUAGGAACAAAAUUUCACACGAUGAUAUAGUUGUGAAAAAUAUUACCAAAAGGAUGCAUGCAUGGCAAGGGAGACUACUGUCAUAUGGAGGAAGAGAAACACUAAUAUCUCAUGUAUUACAAAGCAUGCCAGUAUACCUAUUAUCAGGAAUGAACCCUCCAAAGGGUGUGAUCAGACAAAUGCAUAGUAUCUUCUCAAGGUUUUUCUGGUCCAACACUGGUGACAAGAAAGGUGUACAUUGGGUUAAAUAG